AACAUUCACCGCGACCACCCCACUCACUUCUCUCUACGUCGUUUCUGGCUGCCCAAAUCGCCUCAUACCUGGACCUUGGCAGACCCCGACUCCGUUCUGGGACUUCACCACUCUGAUGGAGCAGUCAACCGAUUCUGGCGUCCGGAAGUCCUUGGUUCGACAGUUAGUCCCGGAGCCGGCGGAGGAACCAAGAAGAAGCGACGGGGCAAAGAAGAGGUUGUGAAGGGUGCUGGCGCUCCUUCCAAGCAGGAAGUUGGAAAGAUGCUGUCCAAGGCUCUCAAGCUCUCGUUCACUCGUGAGGUUGAAGUUAUUGCGUCUACCUUGCAGCCUGCGUCGACCAUCCAUACAUUCACGUUCUCUCUGCCUGCACCGUCUACCCCGUUAGCCCCCACUCCCUCAGGCGAUCUUCUACGGGCGUCUGUUCUCUCUGACAAUCGAAGCUCCGCAGCGCCAUCAUACGCAUAUCCUUACUCUGACAACCCCUUCGCUCAACCGUCGUCCGCCUAUCUAGGGCCGCUGGGAGCAGGGUCGCAAGGCACCCAGGCCCGCGAACCAUCAGACGCGUCAACUAGCGCUAUUAUCUACCACGGCGUCUGUCUCACGGUCUGGUCACAUGCUGAUGCCGAGCGUAGCACUGCUAUCCGUCGGACGCUCGAGGCUGGACGUUCGCGCAAAGAGUCGGGGCAGUCCGCUGUGGCCUCCCGCCUCAAGAAUUUGCGUGCCGAUGUUGCUAUGGUUGACCCUGCAGACCCCACAGUGAUGGCGCGUCGACACGCGAAACGGGGUGCACGGGGUCCCUGGACCGAUGUUGACACGGAUGCCGAAACAACAGAUGGCGGGGAAAGUGAAUUUGACGGAGCCAGCACUCACGGCCCUGGUGAGAGCACGCUGUUCUUGCCGGGGGACACUGUAUUCUGGCUUCCCUACGCACUGACGCUGGUUUCUCGUCACCCUGUGUACGAUCUUAUGCGAGAUUAUCUGACGUUAUCCUGGGCCCGCUUCUCGAAGGAUGUCCAGUCGCACACCCUGCAGAUCUCGAAAAUCCUUGCCCAUGCUGCUCCGCGUGCCGGUGACCUCAUCAAGCUGGACGCCAGUGCACAAGGGGAUGGCGGUGACGGCAGUCUAGAAGUCAUCGCCCGCUUCCCGGGCGGGCUAGACUUCGGCAAGGGGCUGGUUGACAUCAACUUCACAAUGUGGCCCUUGUUCAAGUGUUUGAACAUCGACAACAUCCUGACUAUAUGCGAGAUUGCACUUGCCCCUACUGGUCGAGUGAUCUUUUUCUCGAGACAUCCUGCCAUGCUGGGUAUCGCCGUUGCCACCAUCAAGUACUUGGUUGAGCUGCGGGGCUGGACCGGUAUCGCGUUGUCUGCUGUCCACUCUCGAGACGCCAAGAUUUACGUGGAGGACCCUGGGCCCUGGAUUCUCGGUCUGGCCACCGAAGCCCGGUAUAGCAUCCGGCCCAGUCCGGAAGUCUGUGUCUGCGACUUAGAUAUCAAUUAUCUCAGCUGCGCUAGUCCGCCUGUAGGUGCUGUUUCCAGCAAACAGCAACGCGAAAAGUAUCGUCAGAAGCUUCUCGCGGCCUUUGAUUCUCACUACCAUCCGGACCACGGCGUUCCCAGCGAGCUCAAGGAGGCUUUCCCUGCUGGAAGAUUCCGGCCGGUUUGCAAGAUCCAAGCGAAGCGAGGGAUGUCUUCUGCGGCCGUUGCCGAACAGAUCCAGGCUCCAGACUGGUGGCACUCCACCCGGAUCAUCCAGGCAUUCGACGCCGUUCUGCAGGACAAGGCCAAGAAACCGUCCUUGCUGAAGCGGCUGAGCAGUUUCGGAAACAGCAAACGGGCACCCCAAUUGACGGCCGCCGAGCAGCAAGUCCAGAUCUCCAUUCGCAAACGUGCUACUGCGUUUGUCGAUGCCCGCGACGAGCUUGAGACCAAGAUCGGCCGACUUUCUCGCCGCCUCAACUUCUUGAUGACGGAGAGUGACUUGUGGCGCGACAAGUUUGUCACGUUCGAGCAGUACGCAGAGAAGCUCAGUGCGGAGGCGACCCAACUGCGCAACAAGAUCAACAAGGAGCAACGCGAGACAAAGCGCUUAUCUGGAUUGGUCACGCUCACCUCCGCAGAGAAGUCCAAACUGCAGAACCAGCUCAAGGACACGGAGCUGGCACAUGCUGAUGCCAUGACGGAACUCGAGCUUAUGCGUGACACCAUGGACAAGAUGGAGCUCGAGCGGGCUGAAAUGGUUGCCGAAGUCGAAGCGCAGAUCGAACGGGCGCUGGCCUCGAUGGCGGUUGAUGUCGAGGAGUCUGAUUACGGUAGCUCGCGGCCGAGCUCGAGACAGAGCUCUCGUCCAGGCAGCCGCAUGUCCUCUUUGUCACGGUCGCGCCGGACCAGCGACGCGAAGCGGCCAUUGCGAUCGUUUGGCACCGAAUCCACUCUGGCAGAGUCAUACGAGGCCGAAGAGCGGGAGCACAAUCACAAACAAGAGCGGGAGACUGAGACGAUACCUGAAGGCGAAGAGGACGAGGCCCCGGAAACACCGGCUCUCAAGAAACGGUUCUCGGCGACAGAGACCGAUCUGCGCCAGGACGGGAUGGUCGCAGUCGACGAGGGUAUCAGCCAGAAGAGCGACCGGAUCGCUCAGAAGGUCCUGGAGAUCCAGCAGAAACUGGAGACCGCUUUGGCUACUGAGCGGCGUUCGAACAAAAAGAAGGCGUUCGUUGAGAGCGAAGAUGAGAACUGGGGUUCCGAAAGUACCCGUUCUCGAUCUGGACGACCGGUCAAAUCCUCGUACAGACGUCCCUCGUCGGCAUCGAAAGCUCGCAGCCGUAGUGGGACGACCUCUUCAACUCAGACCAAUGUCCCGGCAGAGGGCUACCCUCGCACAGUGUUGAUCAAAGAGCCUGAGGCUACGCCGAGACAUUCUGCCUCGGAAGCCAGGCCCGAGGAGCCUAGCGCACCCGAGCCUGUUCCAACCGAGCCCAGCAAGCCCGCCGCGCCCCAAGCCACUUUCCCUGUCCGCACUUCAUCGCGGGCUCGGGUGCGGUCUCCUGUGGGGACGACUGACGAGUCCGAUUCGGACUUCCAGAGCGCUUACUCGCAGGACAGCAGUCCUGAGGAGCCCCAACUGCAGAGUCCUCUCCCGUCGGAGGACUUUGGUGUUUUCCCUGAACCCCGCAUCGCUGCCACAGCAGAGACGACCCCGACCGGCUCCACUUUUGCCGACGGGACUGUCGUCUCGAAAAUUUGAAUUUGAAUCUCCUUCGUUUCUCAUUCGUCCUUUCGUUCAUUUGAGCCACAUAGAUCUACCUAACCCGACAUUCGUUUUUCAUAUCUUAGCUACCCACAUUCUACUGACUUAUUUUUUAAAUAAGUACCCAUUCAUUCAUUGGCUGGAUGUACCAUAUCAGUGCUUUGUGUUAUCAAAUGGCAUUCCAUUUCUUGUUCA